AUGUCUUUGAUUGUUAGAAAUAUAUUAAGCAUAAGGGAAGAAUGGAGAUAACUUUUGAAGAAGAAAAUUAAAAAAACCAAAAGAAAGAAUUAAUAUACUAUACCAUAUAAGUUUGAUGAUGAUACUUAGAAUACUAAAUAAAAAAAUGAUUCUUUGCUAAUUGUUUAAAAUAUUCCAACAACCAUUCCAAAUAAUAAUGUUUUUAGACUCAAAACUAACAUUCAGUUUUCUUUAUAAAUAAACAAGGAUUAUUCAUUAGGUUCAUUAUUUGUGGAUCCUCAUUCUAACAAUUACAAAAUUGCAAGAAUAGAUAAAAGGAAAAAUCUGAUAAUACUAACAUUAGAUUAAAUAGAUAGACCAAUCACUCCACCAGAAGUUCUGUAUUCUAUAUUUAAAGAUAGAAAUACUUAAUUAGCUUAAACAUUUAUGUAAUAUAAUAAUAGAAACCUUGAACCAACUAAAUGCAAAUUCUAUAAAAUAUAAGAAAUGAUAGAUUUUGAAUAAAAGAUUUAAGGAUAACCAUAUGCAGUUUAUGUAAAUAUUUAUAAAGAUGGUAUAUGGAAAACAUUUUAAAAGAUUUUUAGUUAAGAAUUACUACAGAUUUUAGCUAUAUCAGAAGAGAUGCUUUUUCAUUAUUGUAAAGAAACUUAAUUAAUGCCUAUUAGUGCAUAUUAUGAUAAAAAUGAUGAAUAAUUGAAGGUAUUUUAUAAGACAUUCAAAGGGAUUGUUGGUUAAUAAUCAAUAAAAAGAGAAUAUAUAAAUUACAAUGGAGAGCAAUUUACUGCAUCUCUUAUUGUUUAAUGUUUCUUUAUUUAUGAUGAAGAAAAAGAUUUGAUUUUUGAUUAUACAUACUUUGUAACAGAUUGUGAUAAAAAAUGGUUAUCUUAAGAGAGAGUCAAAUAAAAUGAACUGGAUUAUUUUAAUAUUAAACCUAAUUCUUGUUAAAUUGAAGAAUCUCUUGAUUAAGAGCCACUAAAAAGAUGUGGAUUUAAAAUAUUGAAUCAGAAAUGA